UGCAGGAGAGCAUCAUGAUUGGUGUGCUUAGCUUGAACCCUACUAAAUUACACACAGUCAUUGGAACACCACUCAUACACACACACAGCGUAUGGUGGAGACAAGCACGUAUAGCUAUGAGCUAGUCCCCCUUUCACAAUCCAGGCAGCAAUCCUGUUGGGCCGUUAUGCACGCAUUACCGAUGGAUAGUCCAGGGGUCGUGAUUCUACCACGGCUCGUCUGCCGAGCUCUCCGCUGCUCCCCUGCCCGCACAUCACGAGAGCUUCUUGUCGAGCUUCGUGCCAGCAGCAAUUCCGACUUGUAUCGGUCAAUUUCUUUUUUUUUUUUUUUUUUUUUGACUACUCUUUAUCCAUGAAGCAAAUUUCUGGCUUACAUUCUGUAUUAUGAACUCGCAUCAAUCUCAGCUCUAGUCUGGUGUCAGCGU